AUGCCGAACGGCGCCACGGCCCCAGGGGAACGUAUGUCCCUCUCCGCUCGUGCCGAUAAAGGGAUCGACUUCGUCCACCGUGGCGCGCUGUGCCCGAAGCGCUGGCGAAAGCAUCGAAGGGACGGGAUCAUCCACGCAUCGUCAUCCGCCCCACUUUAUUGGCUUUACGGGGCCAUCUUCCCGAUACGCGCCGUCUUGCCAAGACCAUCCGGGGAUCGCGCCAUGGCGAUAAGUGGAUCAUUUACUAUCAAAAGACCCCCGCAGUGUCACUCUUCGCGGAUAUCGGGAAGCUGUAGACCGAGGGGCGUCCUUGGCCCAGCGAUCCCAGCCGAUAUGGAUGAAGUCCGGCCGUCCGAAGACCUGCACCGCGCGGAGAUAUUCGUCGCCGCAGCCCACGAAGUGCAGGGCCAUUCGAAAAAACCUACGAAAUUUGCGCCGCGCACAGACGGUCAUGCGACGGACGAUCAUCAACGUCGAGGGCGUCGGCACAAGCCGCGAUACGCCCCAUCCGGCGAGCGCACCGACACCCGCCAGACUGGUGGCGACACCGAAGCUUGGAACAGAUCGCGCUGCCGAGAGGUGAAGAACUCGCGUCGGCUGUCGAUCGCGCGGUCGGUCGCAUCGCCGUCGAUGCGCGCCGGGGCUGGGACAGCUCAGUCAGGUUGCCCGGCUUUUCGCCGAUCGGGCCGCCCAGUUGAUCCUCGGCGAAGCUGCUUCCGCCUGCCGAUCAGCGAAGCCCCCAGGCGAAACGCACGGGCGAUGGCCAUUUGA